ACACGUCGCAAUUGGCAGGGGCCGCCGGCUUUUUCACGUUUGUGUGUGUUAUGUUUGAAGUGUGUGUUUAUGUCAGGGAGCCCGAGCUGCGGUCUCUCCCUAUAGGCACCCAGAGGUGGCUCAUUGGGAAUGUGUGUGCUGUCAAGCAGAGACCGUGAUCACCAAAGGGGAGAAGUGAGGGAAUAUUUGGAUCCGGAGUUCUCGUCAGGCGACAUAAUCCUGGAUCUGCGAGCUGCUGCUGCGUAACCAUGACAGAAGUGGCCAGUCCUGCUUCAAUAAUGGACUCUGAGAGGAUGUUCCAACCGGAGUCAGAUCAGAUGUCUCCAGUUGAAUCGAGGUCUCCAAACCUGGACCUGAUCGACACAGGGAAGGGGCUGAAGGUCCAGACAGCGACGCCUCAUCUUGUUAGCUUGGGCAGCGGGAGGCUGAGUGUGGCCAUUACGCUGCUGCCGCUGAAAGAAGGGGUGACUCGCAUCGGCCGGGACGAUGCUCCAGUUCCUCAGGAUAUCACCAUCCAGGGGCAGGGCAUAGAGGCGGAGCACUGCCUCAUCUUCAAUGAAGGAGGGGUGGUGACCCUGGACCCCUGUGGUCACCUCUGCAGUUUGGAUGGAGUCCAGGUCACUGCGCCUACACCACUGACACAGGGUUAUUCCCUGUGUCUGGGUAAAUCCUACUUCUUCCGCUUCAACCACCCUGAAGAGGCGAGCAGAAUGAAGAGCAUGCUUCCACAGAAGAGUCCUGUGUCGGCUUUGGCCUACAACACAGACUACCUGAAGUUUAGCAGUGACUACAGCUAUGCAGUGGUUGGCGGCACCAGCAGUGCAAGGGGCAUGCGGUCGGCCUCCGAACUCCGGGACCUGAUGGACACCCUGCAGCGCAAGAAGACUGCCCUGGAGAACAGCCUGAGGGCCAAUGGGAAUGCAAACCCCUCCUACUUCAGCAUGACACAGUCCCCCUCCACAACACCCGUCACAAGUCCUGUCACCUCUUCAUCAGCCUGUCAGGAACAGAUUAGGCGAUUCUACGGCUCGGAUCGUCCACCCAUGUCUUUGAAAUCUGCUCCCCCCCUCCCCCCUGGACGUCGAUCUGACCCUGCCUCCUAUCUGGCCUCCCGCUCCUCUCGCAACCAGGACAGCUUCAGUGUCGGUGAGAGCCGGCGACUGCACAGCCAGAGCUCCUCUCCGCUGCUGUCCGCGUGGAACGGUGGAGGCUCUUCAAGUUCUGUUGCUGGUGUGGAUGGCUCCCUCCUCUCUCUUCCUCCUCCCUCCUCCUCCUCAUCCCGCACUCCCUCGGCAGGAGGCGCAGUCAGCAUGCCCUCAAGCCCCCGUCUCGGACGUCGCAGCUGUGGGAACCAGGAGCCAUCGCCCAGCAGCCGACCCAGGAAAUACUCGGGGGGCUCGCUGAAAGGGAUGAUGGGAGGAGAGUACAGCCGCUCCCUGCCACGCCUCUGCCCCUCGUCCUCUCCUCAUGAAAACGGUAGAUCGAUGACCUUGUCAACGCUGCCCCCACGCAGAUCCGAUAUAGCUGGGAGUCACAAAUUUAGUAGAGACCAUUACAGCAACAUCAGCCAGGAUGCAAACCACUACGGUGCUUACAGCAGGAAUCAAAUUCAGACCCCAAAUCAGGGAGAAAGUGUUGUGUCCAUCUCCCUCUCUUCUACCAAGAACUUGCCAUCUACCACCCCCUCCGUCUCGACCACAACAGCCCCACCCGAUGUGACCAUCCCGUCCAAAGCGGGGGGUUCCUCAUCACCUCGUGUGGCCAAAAAGCUCAGUCUGACUUCCUCUAGCUCGGUUGGCACCAUCAGCUCCACAACCCCCAGCUCUCCAGACACAGAACAAUAUGCUGGCCAUGGAGUUGCCCAAUCAAUGGAGCAGACCUUGGCAGAAAAGGAGAGGCGAGGGGUCGAUCUGGAACUCAACGGUACCUUGGGGCUUGGGCUUGGAGAGAGGAGGUCUUCGUUUGGAAAGGCGGGCCUGGAGCCUCGGAUGGGGUUCGGCGACAGAAGGACGUCAUUUGGAAAGGCAGGAGUGCCUCCACAGGGGGGGUUCAGGGAAAGAAGGGGCAGUAUCAGUUCACUAAGUGGGAAGGAGGAACUGACGGACUACCACCAGCACCAAAAAGAGGAGAGACUACGAGAGCAGGAGGUGGAGAGACUGGAGCGACAGCGGCUGGAGACCAUCUUGUCUCUUUGUACGGAGCUGGGCCAGGCCGGGAGGGACGGAGGCGGCUCGACCUCAAGUCCCGCCUCAGCUGUGGCGGAUCUCCAAAAGAUCAACCAGGAGCUCCAGAAGCUCCAACUGAACGAUGAGGACGACGACGAUGACGCACCGUCUGUCUUUUCUGACUUCUCGGCUGCUAUCGACACCCCAGGGAGCGGACACAUGACCUCCCCCGGAUCAGAGAACGGCUUCUACGAUGACGAGCUGCAGUGGCGCAGAAGCCAACGAGACAAUAGGGCAGAAUCGCCCACUGUCAGUUUGCGAAGCUUUGCCCCCUCACCUUCUCCGCGUGCACAGAGGACCAGUGAGGCUCUGGAGGACGCAGCCCGACGCAGCAGACAGGACGUGAGACCUUCAGAGGAGGAAGUGAGGCAAGUGAAGGAGGAGAGGAUCCAGCUGCUGAACAACAUGGAGGAGCUGGAGAAAAAGAUCAAGGACCUGGACAACCAAGUGGAAGAGUCUGCCUGCGAGGUGGAGGUUGAGCGAGCGCUGGUGGAGGCUGAGCAGGAGUCAGAGGUGGCUGCUAUCCAGCAGGAAAAAGAGGCUCUGGAAGCUCUUUACAACAAGAUGGCUGACGUGGAGACCAAGUCCCAACAGGAAAAAGACAAGGCGUGUGAGUUGCUGCAGGCAGAGAGGGGCAGAGUAGAGAGGUUGGCUCAGAUUGUGUGUGAGCAGCGCUCCCAGCUGGACAGCUGCCCUGAGGCCACCAAGGAGCCCCUGCAGGAGCAGCUAGCCAGGGACUGUGAGGUGCUUGAAGCGGAGACCAAGCGUUUCGAGGACCUGGAGUUUCAGCAGCUGGAGAGAGAGAGCAGGCAGGACGAGGACAAGGAAACGCACACACAGCAGCUUCUGCGAGAGAUCGCAGAAUACCAGCGCAGCACAGUCACUCGCAAGGAGCGACUGUUGACUCUGAAGAAGCAGGCAGCACAAAUUACCCAGCAGGCUCAGCGAGAGAAGGAGAGCUUCUUGAAGGAGAGGAGCAACCUUGAAUCAAUGCUGCAAAGGGAAAAAGAAAAUCUUUCCCAACUGGAAGGAAAACAUGCCGACCUCACUGGAAGCAGGGGUUCCACACUGAGAGAGGGCUAUGUCACAGUCAGUGAAAUCAAUGAGCUUUACUCACAGCUUAGAGGAGACCCUUAUCCCGCCCCUGCUCUGGCCAAUGCCUCUCCUGACUCCGAGGCAAAGCCCUCUCCUGGCGACGUCACACCCAAACCACUGGAGGAUGAGCAUUUCCGUUUGCUGGAGGAGAGAAAGAGGUCCGAGAGAGAUGGCUCCCAUCUGAGCGACACAUUACCCAGGAAGAAGGUCACUCCCAACAUGAGCCGCCAGUUCACGUGUGCAACACUCGGACGCAGUUACCCCACCAAGUCCCAUCAGCCCCUGGUACAGAGCACAAGCUGUGGCAGCAUUCUUCCGAGGAUGUUCUCGCUGUCCAGCAAGGAAAAUGAUUCCCGUUGUUUGCAUAAAGGUCAGCCUGGCUCUAGAGCCGCUUCCCAGACCAACGUCUACCUCGAUGCCUUUGGGUACCGUGACCACCAGGCCUUUGACACGAUGAGCAUGGAUAGUACGGACUCCAUUGAAACCAGCAUCUCCGCUUGCUCUCCUGACAAUGUCUCCAAUGCCAGCACGUCAAAUGUGGCCAAGCUGGAGGAGAUGGAGCGUCUGCUGAGAGAGGCUCAGAUGGAGAAGAACCGUCUUAUAGAAAACAAGGAGCAAGAGAUGGAAAUGCGAAAGCAGGCGCUGGAUGAGGAAAAGAAAAGAAGGGAGGAGCUGGAGAAGAGACUACUGGAGGAGACCAGCAGACGCCAAAAACUCAUCGACCGCGAGGUGAAACUGCGAGAGAAACAAAGGGCACAGUCCCGGCCAUUGACACGCUACCUGCCAGUGAGAAAGGACGAUUUUGACCUGCGGGCUCACAUCGAGUCGGCGGGCCACAGCGCCGACACAUGCUUCCACCUGUCCAUCUCCGAAAAGACCUGUCGUGGUUACUUGGUCAAGAUGGGAGGCAAAAUCAAAACGUGGAAGAAACGCUGGUUUGUCUUCGACCGCAACCGACGCACCCUCUCCUACUAUGCAGAUAAACAUGAAGUCAAGCUGAAAGGAGUCGUCUACUUUCAAGCUAUUGAGGAAGUGUAUUAUGAUCACUUGAAGAAUGCACACAAGAGUCCAAACCCCACCCUGACCUUCAGUAUUAAGACUCACGACCGGGUCUACUACAUGGUCGCUCCCUCUCCGGAGGCGAUGAGGAUCUGGAUGGAUGUAAUCGUCACGGGUGCUGAGGGAUACACCCAGUUCAUGGUGUAGUGAAGGGGUUGUGGCAGCGGGAUACGCCGACAUGUUACUGCUCUUUGUGGCUCCAAAGAUAACGUUUUUUUUAUUUCCCUUUUUGUCCUUGGAAGUGUCUGGAUGGAUAUUGUUUGCAUCUAUGCUGAAGAAAGAAAACGGUUACUGCUGAGACGGCUGCCUUGAGUUCUCUAACUUUCAAUAUGGGCAGGGUUUUACAAUUUUAUGUGGACCAUUCAUGUGAAAUAGAACAGGCAGAUGUACGAUAAUAAUUUCAACAUUGUUAGGCAAUCAGGUUCAGGCCAAAAGAAGAAAUGAAGUGUGUGAAAUUGGUGCUAUGGUCACUGCAGUGCCUUGCAGUGGGCUCAGGAGUAUUACAAUGAUUUGCACAUGCAGGUGACAUUAGUAUUUCUUUUAAUUAAGGCGCUGACUGUAACCAUUUUUUCAGCCAGCUAAAUUGAGCUUUAUAACGUCCUUAUCUACAUCUUGUUAGUUACAUCUACAGGUGAAAUACGUCAAAGUUGUGUCUUAAAAUGCUAAGUGCCAAACAACCUCCAGUAAUUGUUAUGUGUCAUGGAACAAUUCAAAUUUUAAAAGGAUUUAUCAAAUGUCAGGCGAUUUCAAGUGCAUUGAAAAUCACCUAUUCCAUUGUAUGUGUACACAAUAAAUAAUGCAUAUAAAGUUAGCAAAUGUAGCUGAGCAAAUAUAUUUUAUAUUUAAACUUUUUCAUCUUCAUUUAAUUACAUGCGUCAUAUAUAUUUGUCCUAAAAACGUGCCUUCUUUCUCGAUGUAAAUAUCUAUUUUCUAUGAGGUUCCUAUUAAGCUUUAAGGUUGUAUUCUUAUAUACUGUUUAAUCACUGUCACUAGUAAUUCAAGUCACAGCACAUUUACAUUGGGGUGUAAUUACACGCUUAAAAUAGUGAUCCAUCAUGUAGGAUGUAUUAUUAUUCUGGGUUUACAAGAGUGUCACCAUGGGCUCAGAACUGAAGAUGAAACCACUGUUCGAUCUUGUCAUGUGACAUGUCUUCAUCAAGAGUUAAAUCAGAAAGAGAAAUAUUGACUUUCAAUAACCCUCAGUCGUUAUAUUUGUACAUAUUGUUUUCUUUAAGUUGUUUUAAAAUAGUUAUCACACUUAAAGAGCCAUUAUCCACUUAAGACUCCUGGUUGUGCGUUUUUGUCAUAUUUUGUCUAUAUUUUUAAGAUCUACGUUUAUCUAUACACUAAAUGCUGAACUAUCUGUGGUGAGAAAAAAGUGCAAAUGAAAUAGAAUUGACUAUUGCUAAAUAUUGUUUUAUUAUUUGCCUGGCAGACGAGAUCUAUGGUACACAAGCUCAAUUAAUAGACAUUGAGUCGUAAAAACGGGCCGAUAAUUGUGCUGCUUUGGUCCUUUAGCUUUCAAUGUGUUGCUUUGAUUGUCGUCAAUGUGACUGAUGUGUUUGUUUCAACUGACGAUUCCGCAUUGAUUACUGAAGCUUCUUUUUUCAUCCUCCACACUACGACAGAAAACGUCAACUGAAUGGUGUGUUCGUCAUAUUGCCUCAUGACAUUGCUUAUUGUUUUGUUUUAUUGACCACAUGUCCAUGAAGUGCAAUAUAGACAGUACAUACACAAAUUAUUCAUGUUGCUGCUUUACUCUGAAGAUGUUCAAUUCAUUUGUCCGCUCAUUUACACUCAACCCCCUGUGACAGUACAAAAGCAGCAUUAAGAAAUGCUAAAUUAUUAAAGGAAAAACAUUUUCACCUUUUUUUUAAAUAAUUAUUUGUAUGUUGCUCCUACUAUACUGUAUUUAUGCCAAUUCAUGUAUCUUUUCUAUUUCCAUAUGAACAAUAAAAUACAAUUUUACUUUC